UGUCGAAUUUGUGGCGAAUUUUCAAUUUUCUGUUUUUCUGUGUUGGGAUUUGCUUUUGCCUGUAAAUUGUAAUUUUCAAUUUUGAAUCUUUUAAAAUUCUUGGAGUGCCGUAAGAAUUGGGAUGUAUUUAUGGAUCUAUUCUAAUAAAUUCAUGAAGUUCAUAAGGAUUAAUUAAAUAUAUGAUCUAUAAAAUAUUCUUGCCAUCUAGGCGUGUUACUUUUCCAAUCAAUUUAGAUGCUUUUUAGAUGGUGUCUAAUCUAUAAAAUUACACCCAUCCACAAUUCUUUUAACUCAACCACUGUCUUAACUUUGUACUAGCAGUGAUUUCGUUAAAAAAUUAAUUUGUGUUCAAGCUGAACAUCUGAUUUGAAAAACAGCUGAAGCCCUAGUCAACGGUGGACAGCGGCGGGGGUGGCUCUGCCGAAGUAAUGGUGUACUCUCUCGGCUGGGGCAUGGGGGAGCCGGAGCGGCGCGCGCUGGACCGGAAGCGCGCGCAGCCGCCCGUCGCGCACACGCUCUCGCCAGAUGAUGGCCACGAGGUGGACGUGCUGCCACUCCACAAUCAGGUGGGCGGGCACACUAGACUGCUAGUGCUAAACGACAGCACGGUCAUCAAGCCCCUCAACAUCCGCGAGCUGCAUUUCUACCAGAACAUUCCCGAGGACAUCCAGGACUUCGUCCCCCGCUACAAGGGCGUGAUGCAAGCGUCGACGACGGGAGGCACGAAGCUGGACAAGCGCUACUCGCCCUGUUUCCGCGACGAGAACGGCCGCAAGGCGUCGCUGGGCGGCAAGCGCAAGCGCGACGACGUGUUCAAAUUUAAAGUGCACCGAAACGGCAAUGCUAACGAGGUGCUUAAGAGCAUUGCGCACAUGGACAACUCGAAUAAGCAAUACUUCCUGAUGAUGGAGAACAUAACGUCGUCGUACCGGCGGCCGUGCGUGCUCGACCUCAAGAUGGGCACGCGCCAGCACGGCGACGACGCCAGCGCGGAGAAGCGCACCAAGCAGAUCGCCAAGUGCGCCGCCAGCACUUCCGCCACGCUGGGCGUCAGGCUCUGCGGCAUGCAGGUGUAUAUGCCAGAGAAGGGGUCCUGCGUGCGACGCGACAAGUACUGGGGCCGCGCGCUGUCGGAGGGCGGGCUGCGCGAGGCGCUGCGGGACUUCUUCGCGGCCGGCGGCGGAUUGCGCGCGCGCGUCGUGCGCCGCGUGCUGCGCGACCUGGACGCGCUGGGCCGCGCCAUCGCCAAGCAGACCAGCUAUAGGUUCUAUUCCACGUCGUUGCUCAUAGUGUACGAGGGCGACGUGCCGUGCGCGCAGCCGGCGGACGAGGCGGGCGAGGCGAGCGCGUCCGGCUCGCACUUCGACAUGUCCACGCUGCACCACGAGAUCGCCGCGCCGCUCACGCACUCGGAGGAGACCAUGGGCGGCUACGAGGAGGGCGAGGCGCCCGCCGCCGACGUGGCGCACCCGCCCAGCCCCGACAGCGCCGACAGCUGGAUGGCGUACUCGUCCGCCAGCAGCGAGUCGUGGCGCCCCGAGGCCGAGGCGGCGGGCGAGGCCGCGGCCGAGGCGGAGGCGAACGGCAAGCGCGCGCGCGCCUCUCCGCCCGCGCCGCCGCCCGACGAGCGCGUCGACAUCCGCAUGAUCGACUUCGCGCACACGGCGUACGCGGCCGCCGAGGCCGAGUCGCCGCUGGCCACCAGCACGCCGCACCACGGGCCCGACUGCGGCUUCCUCACCGGCGUGGACUCGCUCAAGCGCCUGCUCACGGAGAUCCUGCACCCGCAGCCCUACAGUUAAUGAGCCCCGGCGCGCCCGAGACCCGCCCCCGUCGCGCUUCCGGAUCGUUACGGAAGAAACUCAUUUCUUUGAAAAAUUUAAACAUACGACUGAUAUCUCCUAUUGGUAGUAGUGAAAUUUAUUACACAGUAACGCCAGGCGAUCGCCUCGAGAGGACGAAAGCGGCGUAUUUCGCUUCGCCCGACGCUCGCUAGGCGUCAAGUGACUUCCUCCUCGCGUGGCCGCGUAGCGGUUCACGCACUUAGUGAAUGUUGGCGGUACAAAAUACGUUAAUUUAAUGUAAAAUUAUAAUUUCGAAGGGACCCAGUAGCUAGUCUAAAGUGUAUUUUAAGUAUUACUAUUAAGUUAUUCCAGAUUGACGUGCUUUUGUAUUAUAUCCCCUCGUUAUUUCUACGGGUCUUGUUGACCUUUUGAAAACACGUUUUCCUUCAGAAUCGAGUAGACAUUCCCUGUCAUUGUUAGUUAGUUUGGCUUGGAUGAUAAGUGCAAAAAUUGGUUAAGUGUGAUAUUCUGUUUUGCAUUUAAAUAUCCCGACUCGUAUUAAAUAAUUUGACUUUAUUCUUAAAUUCAAUUAUAAAACCAAAGUAAAAUAAAUAGUCUGUUCAAAAAUUAAACAAUUGACAUGAAUUUUUGGGUUGACUAUGUUUCAAAUAAAAUAAAAAAAUAUAAUUUGCCAGUAUAUUUCCGAUUGUAUCUAGACAUUUUGUAAUAUUGUGUAAUAUAAAGAAUAAAAAAAUAUAUUAUAUUGAAAUGUAAGCAGUAUUAUUAGUUUGUGUGACGGGAUUAAGUUUGGUUUGGAAAUUGAUUUGAAAUUGGCAUGGGUGCUAGUAUGUAAUACACUGCCAAGAUAAGUGAAAUGGACACUUUGUAUGUACUUUGGAGUUUGCUACGUGGGAUAAUUGAAUAACUAUUUGGAAUGAGGCUGACAUUGCCAGCCAGUUUAAUGCCAGACACAUUUGCAACAGCCCAUUUCAUUCCACAACAUGCAGCAAUACAAGUGUAAUGUUUUAUUAUGAUCAAAAACUGCCAAACACACAAAUGUGUUAUCAAGUGAAUGGCGUGAGGUGGGGUGGAUUUAAAGUGCAAACAAACUAAAGGUUGUGAUGCUGUGUGAUGCCAGAUUAGGCGGUAGGAGUCGUACAUUUAAGACAUAGUGCUCUGGCAUAUCGCUCACAACACACUCAGAUUGUUUGAUAGUCUAUAGUCGCCAGAAGGAGUGCCACACAGAAGUUUGUUUGCACUUUAGGGCGGGUGUGUCUGCACCAUAAUGGUUCCAACACACUUGAGCUGCGCUGCGCCGCAGCUUAACAUAGUUGUUUGUAUGAAGCAAGGCGCUGCCGCAUCGCGCAGCUCAGCGCAAAUGCGUUUGGAUCUUAAGUGUUGUGUAAACAAUCAGUGUAAAUCAUCUAGCUUGCACACAAAUCAAUGAAUGUUUUGCCAUUACUGCAAGGCCACAACUUUAGAUAACUGGUGAAGUGAUAACAAAAGACAGAAACAUGAAGCUGAUAAGUUGUUAAGGUUAUGGGGUUUCUGGUCUUUUGUUUUUAAUCACCUAUCACAUUUAGUGCUUGCUCACAAAGUUAAUCAUAAAAUAACAUACAUAUUGUUAGUUUACCACAAGAACUCAUUAAUAAUUGCUAAAAAUCAUCAAGUAAUUUAGCUUACAACAACUAAGAAUUCAUCAAGAUGAGUUUCAUACUUACCUUGUCUUGAGGAGCUCUGUUGUUCGAAACUAUAUAUUGCAAUUAAUAAGUUCUUGCAGUAAAUAAAUGAUAUUAUUUUCAGUGUUUCCAUAUCAAUCGCAAAUAUUAUUUUUGCAAGCCAGUUCAGUAAGAACACAGUAAACUGUCAGUUUUGUGACAAUGCUGUGGCCCUGCCUAAGAGUUAGCUAACAUUCAUUUGUGCUGCAUUCGUCACAUCAUGUUUGUUACUAUUUUUUAAUUGUGGGAUAAAUUUAUAAAAAGUACCUGGUUUAGUUAGGAUGCUAGGAUGUAUUAUAAAUUAUCGUUUACGUCUGUUAUUUUAAAUAACUGUAUGACACACUAUUUUGUUAUUAAAUUUUAAGUGUAAAAUAAUUUUUCGUUUUUAAUUAGCACUAUUCUAAAUGUAAUAAAAGUAUUUUGACCGAAA